AUGUUGAAAAAACUAAAACACAGAUUAAACACAACCCUUAGCAUAAGAGGGUUGAAAAAACCAAAACCUUCCAAAUCCAAACCCUAUAAAACCUAUGAAACCGAAACCUCGUCAACACAACAACCACCACAAUUAACACUACCACCAUCACCACCAUUCCAAUCACCACCAUUUCAAUCACCAUCUUCAACAAUGCAUCAUCAAAUCAUCAAAAACAAACCUUUUCAAUUCCCGCACACUCACUCAUCUGUUCUCCCUGACCCUUCCAACUUCUUCUCCCCAAAUCUGCUAUCCACACCCCUCCCCACAAACUCUUUCUUCCAAAACUUUGUUCUCAAAAAUGGCGACCAACCUGAAUACAUUCAUCCAUAUCUCAUCAAAUCAUCAAACUCAUCACUUUCUGUUUCAUACCCAUCUCGUUUCUCCAACUCUUCCUUCAUAUACCAGGUUUUCAAUCCUGAUCUAACUAUCUCCUCCAGAGAAAAAUCUGAUCUUUAUUCAAAUAUCAAUCAUAGAAUCUCUUCUUACAAUGAUCUCAGUGUUACUUUGGAUAUCCCUUCUUCAAAUCUGCGUUUUUUUCUUGUUAGGGGAAGUCCCUUUUUGACUUUCUCUGUGACACAACCAACCCCUCUUUCAAUCACUACAAUCCAUGCCAUUCUCUCUUUUUCUUCCAAUGAUUCUCUUACAAAACAUACUUUCAACUUUAACAAUGGUCAAACAUGGAUUCUGUAUGCUUCUUCACCUAUUAGAUUGAGUCACGGUGUUUCUGAUAUCACUUCUGAACCAUUUUCUGGCAUAAUACGGAUUGCUUUGUUGCCUGAUUCUGAUUUGAGGCAUGAGGAUAUUCUUGACAGGUUUAGCUCUUGUUACCCUCUGUGUGGUGAUGCUGUUUUUGCAAAACCAUUUUGUGUUGAGUAUAAAUGGGAGAAUAGAGGUUGGGGUGAUUUGUUAUUGUUAGCACACCCUCUUCAUCUUCAGCUUUUAUCUGAGAAUGGUUAUAAUAAUGUUACUGUUUUGAAUGAUUUUAAGUAUAAAAGCAUUGAUGGAGACCUUGUUGGUGUUGUUGGUGAUUCUUGGAUUUUGAAAACUGAUCCUGUUUCUGUAACUUGGCAUUCUACCAAGGGUGUUAGAGAAGAAUCUCAUGAUGAAAUUGUUUCGGUUCUUUUGAGAGAUGUUGAAGAUUUGAAUGCUUCUGCAAUAGCAACAAACUCGUCUUACUUUUAUGGUAAAUUGAUUGCUAGGGCUGCGAGGUUAGCAUUGAUAGCUGAAGAGGUUUGUUUCCUUGAUGUGAUUCCGAAAAUAAGAAAGUUUUUGAAGGAAACCAUUGAGCCUUGGCUUAAUGGAACUUUUAAUGGAAAUGGUUUUCUUUAUGAUAAAAAAUGGGGAGGUAUUAUAACCAAACAAGGGUCUACUGAUACCGGUGCUGAUUUUGGAUUCGGAAUUUAUAAUGAUCAUCAUUAUCAUUUAGGAUACUUUCUCUAUGGAAUUGCAGUGCUUGCAAAGAUUGAUCCAAUUUGGGGGAGAAAGUAUAAGCCUCAAGCUUAUUCACUCAUGGCAGAUUUUAUGACCUUGAGUAGAAAUCCGAACUCGAAUUACACGCGUUUAAGGUGUUUCGAUCUUUUUAAAUUGCAUUCAUGGGCAGGAGGGUUAACUGAGUUUGGAGAUGGAAGAAACCAGGAGAGUACUAGUGAAGCUGUGAAUGCGUAUUAUUCAGCAGCUUUAAUGGGUUUGGCAUACGGUGACACUCACCUCGUUGCAAUUGGAUCGACGCUUACAUCGUUGGAAAUUCAUGCAGCUCAAACGUGGUGGCAUGUAAAGAGUGGCGAUAAUGUUUACGACGAAGAUUUUGAGAAAGAGAAUAAGGUUGUUGGUGUUCUUUGGGCUAAUAAGAGAGACAAUGGAUUGUGGUUUGCACCUGCUGCAUGGAAAGAAUGUAGGCUCGGGAUUCAACUCUUACCGUUGCUUCCUAUUUCUGAAAUUCUGUUUUCAAAUGUCGAUUUUGUGAGGCAGCUUGUGGAGUGGACAUUGCCUGCUUUGAAUAGGGAAGGUGUUGGAGAAGGAUGGAAAGGGUUUGUGUAUGCAUUGCAAGGAAUUUAUGAUAAUGAAAGUGGUUUGGAGAAGAUAAGAAGCCUGAAUGGUUUUGAUGAUGGAAACUCAUUGACAAAUCUCUUGUGGUGGAUUCAUAGUAGAGGUAAUGAAGAUGAGGAGUUUGGUCAUCAUGGAAAACAUUGCUGGUUUGGUCAUUACUGUCAUUAG